GUGGGAAUGCAGGCGAGUGGGAGCGCCGUCUCGUGGUGAUUAUUCAGGGCACUUCCAGAGCUGGAUUUAUGGCACGCAGCUGUUGAGUGGCUGACAGACGCGUGAGGAGCUCAAGCGCUGCUGCUUCUCAAGCUGCUUGUACCAGCCCGAGCUCUGCUUACUGUUGCAUAGGAAAGAGGACUGCUGUGCCCCCACACAGAUCGGCGACAGAUGGUGCGGGAACAGUAUGUCACCACCACCGAGGGCAGCAGCACGCCCAGGCCGGUGCCCGACGAACUCUACAAGAUUGGCAUCUAUGGCUGGAGGAAGCGCUGUCUCUACCUGUUUGUGCUGCUGCUCAUUGUCAUCCUGGUGGUCAACUUUGCCCUCACCAUCUGGAUCCUCAGGGUGAUGUGGUUCAACACGGAAGGGAUGGGACUACUACAAGUACAUGGAGAUGGGGUUAAGCUGGAGGACGGCGAGUCUGAGUUCCUCUUCCCUCUCUAUGCUCAGGAGAUCCACAGCAGAGAAGACUCUUCACUUCUAUUACACUCAUCGGAAAAUGUUUCCCUUAACGCCCGCAAUGAAAAUGGUGACGUUAUAGAGAGGAUAUCUGUGGGUCCAAAAGAGGCUCAGGGACACACUCGAAAUCUGCUCAUUAACUCGCACAAUGACAACAUGCUGUUCACUGCAGAUGGCGACAAGGCUGAGAUUGGGCCAGACAAACUACGAGUCACAGGUCCUGAAGGAGCGCUGUUCCAGCAUUCAGUGGAGGUGCCUCAGCUGAGAUCAGAAAUUUUGAAAGAGCUGAGGUUGGAGUCCCCGACUCGCUCGCUCAGUAUGGAUGCACCGAAAGGAGUUUUUAUGAAAGCUCUGGCUGGCAACAUUGAAGCUGCUUCCAACAUGGAUGUCAUUCUGCAGUCUAAAGAAGGGCUGCUGGUGCUGGAUGCUGAGACGGUGCGCAUGCCGCGCCUGCCCAAGAGCGAGGACGGGGUUUCUGGAAAUGCUCAGAUUCUCUACGAGGUCUGCGUCUGUCCCAGCGGAAAGCUCUUCCUGUCCAAGGCUGGAAGAACUUCCACUUGCAGCGAUAAUCAGGACUGCUAGAUAGAGUCUGACAAGGUCAUCGAUUUUUCAUCUCUCAGAAGAGGCACCUUCUGGGAGGCAACAAGCACAACAGUUUUUUUUUUUAUCUUUAUACCACAGUGGGUCUACCAGGAUCCCAGUGGCACAUCGAGGCCUGUGAAAAUACAAAUGCCUGCUGGCAUAAAUGAAAUGAGUUCUUUUAGUUGCAUUUAUGAACUUCUGACCAUUCAACCGAAACAAAUUGGCUCUCACUACCAGAUUUGUCUGCAUCAGAGCUUUAUGGAUCUUUUUUUUUUACACACACAGUGUCAUGGCUGGGCAACGAGGAGCUGGUAACAGCUUACAUCCUAUGCAAUAUUAUCUUGUGGUGCAAUAAAUGAAAGUGACGCAUAUCAAGGGCUUGAAAAUUUGAAAAAUAAAUCCCUGAAACAGCGCCAGAGUGUUAUUGAAAAUAUUUGUUUUGCUUUAUACAAUCUCCUCUUGGCCCUUGGUAUGCUGUGUUUUGGUGUUUAGCAUGUAUUUAUUUAAAGGGAGACAAACACAAAUGCUGUAUAUUUGUUUUAUUUUUUGUCUUUUUUCUUUUUUAAAACUCAAAUUCAGAUAAUGAGGUUUUGAUAUUAAUGAGGUUUCACAUGUGUAUCUACAAAGGGCACUUGGAGAGCAUACUCUCUGAUAAGGCCAACGCCAGUGCACUAUUUUGCAAUUUUAAAGUAAGUGACCUGAAUCUGCAAAAAAAGGUCAUGGGCUCUUCCUUUGCCAGUGCUCCAGCUCUCCACCAAAAUUGAUGAAAUCUGUUUUAUGUGUAGUCCUGAUGUCGGACACACAGAGAGCAGCGAUCACAUGCUACAUGUUUUUAAAGUCACUCAUGUUUGGCAUGUGGUAAGCAUGUAAUUACGCAGCAAUUUCCUGCUGGUAAGCUGAGCUGGUCUGUUUGUUCAGUAAUCUCACUUACGGCCAAAGGACUAAUAUAUCAUCACUGCUGACCUCAGAAACAAGAACGCAAAAACAAAAUAUGUGGAGAAUAAAAACUUGGAUCUCAUACUUUCAGUAUAACCAUUGCCUUUAUGAUUAAAUUUGCCUUUGUUUAUUUUUAACACUGUUGUAGGAUAAAUAGGUUGAAAAUAUUCGUAUGUUGUAGUGAUAGUCGCACCGAGUUUGGCACCAGUUCGUCUGUACAUCACUGUUUUAGAACAUUUCACACCUCGUGCCAUUGUGUUUUUGUCAUCAGUCUUUUUUAAGUAGUUCAUUUGGAGUCCUGAGAUAUUUUAAUAGUGUGCAAUGUGUAUGUUUUAUUUUUGAAUAAACUUUGUGCUAUUCUUCUACCUGCCUGUCAGCAGCUGUAAUCUUCA